AUGGCCGAAGACGCAAUUCCAGUUUCAUACGAAGACCUCGCUCUGCUCGAGGAACAGUUCGAAGAGGUUGAUGUGGAAAUUUUGCGCAAGCAAUAUGGUCUCACGAAGGAGCUCUACGCCAAGCGCGCCGAGGCCGCUGCAAAGAUUCCCAACUUCUGGCCUCUCGUCAUCGAGCAAAGCCCUCUCGAAGUCGAUCAGUACAUUCAGCCCAACGACUCUAGAAUCUUCGUGGAAUCCCUUGAAAGCAUCGACGUAAUUCGCCACGAGCUCGAUAACAAUUCAAACGGAUCUCCCCGCAGCUUCACGCUGAAGUUCACCUUCAAGCCGAACGACGAGUUUGAAGAGACCGUACUAGAGAAGAAAUUCGACUACCGCCGCGCGCGCGACGGCGCAACUGGGCUGGUCUCCGAGCCGGUCAAGAUCACAUGGAAAGAGGGCAAGGACCUGACGGAAGGCUUGACCGACGGUGCAUGGGCACUGUUCGAGGCGCGCAAGAAGAAGGGUGACAUGACCGCCAAGGACAUUCCCGAGUACGAUGCUUUGAAAGAGAAGACAGAGCACUGGAACGGUGCCAACACCUCGUUCUUCACCUUCUUCGGCUGGGUCAGCACACGACGAUGGGUCAGCGCAGAGGAAUCGGCCAAUGCCAACGAGGAGUGGGCGGCGCGCCAGGCAGCACGCAAGCGCGGCGAGAAGGUGGAUGUGCCGGAGGAGGAAAGCGAGGAGGAGGAUGAUUCGGACGUUGAGGUGCACGAGAGCGGUGAGGAUCUAGCCAUCAGCUUUGCGGACGACAUCUGGCCCAAUGCCAUCAAGUUCUUCACGAUGUCGCAGGAGAUCGAAGAGAUGUCCGACAUGGAAUUCGAGGACGGCGACGACGAGGAUGACGAUGAUGAUGAGGGCGAGCCGGUGGACAUCCGCGCCUUGGUCGGCAAGGGUCGCAAGCGUGACAGCGACAUUGGCCCUUCAAGUAAGAAGCAGAAGAAUUAA